GUUAUUUAAAAAAUUUCACUUUUUUCCCAGAUUCCCAUUACAGAUUAACGUCGGUGUUUCGUCAAAGACAAUUGCCAAAGAAAACUUGCGCAUACAAUGUCAAGAUUCAACCGAGCGCAUCACCACAAACUCUCAAACAGUAAACCUAACAAAAACCAGAGUCCACCGCGAAAGUUUCGACGACGAGCUUUGCCCGAGUUUAUGUCUACAUUCAAAGUGCAUUUCAUUGAUUAAGUUUUAAUUCGAAGAAUUUAAAAUUCUUUUAGCAUAAAAGUUCGAGUUCGAAAAAGUUAUGAUUUUAAGAUGAGGUGCUUUUUAAUUAUUUAUUGUACUAUAACAUUCGUCAUUUUCUUUUUAAAACCGGACAUUUCGCAAGCAAUAAUAACCCCACGAGACGAAGAUAUCAUUUACAAAAGAGAUACGGAACAAAUAUUUUCACAACCUUGGGAGAACGGAUUAAAAGAAGCAACGUACAGGGUGUUUAUAAAAGAGGGUUGGUUAGAGCCGGGGUUAAAAAACGAAUUGCACGUGGCGCCAAUUUUGGGCGAUAACGUCCCCACGGUCCCAUUCGGGGAUAUUUCGAUGUUAGCCAGGGGUCAACUCUACCAUAACCAUGGUAAUUUAAUUUUCGUGAGGGAUAAAAACCUCUACGAUUGCGAAAAUUGUCGAAUUCAAAUCCCACGGAAGAAGUACGGGGAUAUUUUAACGUUAUGGAGUGUUAAAAGAAUAAGACAUAGAAGAAGUGAAGAUAAUUUUAGGUAAAAAAUAAAUUCUUAUUAAUAAAAAAUAAUAUAUUUGUAUUUUCUUUAUAGAU